UGGUCAAACUAUUUGGCCGAAUUUUGUGUUAAUACCUCAUCUAGUGGAUUUUGAAGACAUGUCUAACAGAUUUUCAAAUUUCUCAAUUGAAAGGUGACUGUCCUUACUAGUUACUGCCUUAUUUGUUAGUUCUCAUAUUUGAGUUGUUCAGGCUGAACGUGUCCAGCAUAUGGGUUAAGCUUUAUAGCAGUGGUUCUCAACCUUGUUUGCCUCAUGCACCCCUUUCACCAUAUGUCAGAAUGUCAUUCCCCCCCUCCUUUCCAAGAUUGUCUGCCUCAAAAAGUGCAUUCCAAAUAAUAUGCAUAUAAUACUGAAAAUCCUUUAUUAUUUCCAUAUUGGUAUCAGUUUUCCCCCGUCUCUGAAAACCUGAGGGGGGAAAUUCCCCCCUGGUUGAGAACCCCUGCUUUAUAGUUUACAAAGCCAUCUGAGUUACUUUCUGAAAUUCUGAUUGAUAGUUUUCAAAAUGUCCACUAGUUUUUGCAAAGUGUCUUACGACAGUGGUAGAAACUAUAACAAAUUAUGGGAAGAAAAAUUCGUCUGUGUUAGUAUAGCCAGUGAUGGAAGUGAAAAUGGUCCAGUUCCAAGGAAAAUGUUGCAGAGAUUUGAAAGUAACACCACACAUGGUGGAGCUAUUUAACUCUGCAAUCAUGUACGAGAAGGAAGAACCAGGGGACGGUGACGAACUGGACUCCACCAUUAUCAUGCUCCAGUUCCAAGGAAAAUGUUGCAGAGAUUUGAAAGUAACACCACACAUGGUGGAGCUAUUUAACUCUGCAAUCAUGUACGAGAAGGAAGAACCAGGGGACGGUGACGAACUGGACUCCACCAUUAUCAUGCUCCACCACCAUUUGAGUUUACGAUUUGGCCGUGAAGCUUGUCGUACAUGUGGCAACCCUGUUCCUAUGCGUCUUCCUACGCUGCCAGUCAUACCAUGCAAUGCCUGCCUCGGCCCCAGCUUGCUGGCGCGGAGGGGUUCGAGACACUUGCAAUAUCACUUCCCGUCGGCCACCUCGAGCUCAGUGCGAGUGUAUAUACGUUUUAAAAAUACAAUACUGGAAAAGGCAGAUUUGAGUGGGAGGUGGAUGACCUUUGUAGGAUAUUUGACCUUGGCUGAAGCGUUUAUAUACAAUAUACAGAAGUGUGUGGGAGGUGGAAGAGCAUUCUUGGCUAUUUGACAUUGGCUGAAGUCUUAUACAG